GGUUGUCAUGCAAAGUACCAUGUUCCUGGCUGUCCACGAAUACUGCGGACCGAUGGACAAGAACGCAGGCAGUGGCUGCUCCAAGAGCGAAGAGAAGCGGGAGAAGAUGAAACGGACCCUCUUAAAAGAUUGGAAGGCCCGUCUGAGCUACUUCUUACAAAAUUCCUCCACUCCCGGGAAGCCUAAACCGGGCAAGAAAAGCAAACAGCAAACUUUUAUCAAGCCAUCUCCUGAGGAAGCUCAGCUGUGGUCAGAAGCAUUUGAUGAGCUGCUAGCCAGUAAAUAUGGUCUUGCUGCAUUCAGGGCUUUUCUAAAAUCUGAAUUUUGUGAAGAAAAUAUUGAAUUCUGGCUGGCCUGUGAAGACUUCAAAAAAACAAAGUCACCCCAAAAGCUGUCCUCAAAAGCAAGGAAAAUAUAUACUGACUUCAUAGAAAAGGAAGCUCCAAAGGAUGGUUGCUUUACAACUGCACAGAAAAGAGUUUACAGCUUGAUGGAAAACAACUCUUAUCCCCGUUUCUUGGAGUCCGAAUUCUACCAGGACUUGUGUAAAAAGCCACAGAUCCCCACAGAACACCAUGCGACAUGAGAUGAAAAAGGACCCCAGAAAUGGACAUUUCGUUUUUUUUUUUCCUAACAAAGGCUGUGACAGGUCAAGAAAUCAAAAGACUGACCUUGAAUUCAGCCUGGGAGUUCAGGAAACAGCACUCUUUAACUAUUGAUUCAAAGUUGGUUAGUAACUCAGAAAGCCAGGAAGAGUCUAAGAAAAGCUUAUAUUGGGAUGUCUCCCAUCAGUGCAUAUAGGAAAGAGGAAAGGAAGGAGCCAUGGCCUGCGUGUGGUGUCUCGGACUCUGGAGAAGCCAGAAUGUGAGAGGAACCAUAGGACAUAAUGCUGUCAGUCCAGAAGCAUUUAAAUCAAUAGAUCUGGGAUGUGGCCUUAGGUAACUGGCUCUAUGUUUUUCCUUAAAUCCAUCCAUGUUACCACAUAGUGGUCUUAGUUUUAGGUUUUUAGUACUAUAUAAUGUUAACAUGUUUACUGUGUGAAAGGGUACUGAAGUUCUAAUGGCUACACAUCAUCAGUACUAUUGUCUAAUUGAACACUGAAAACUGUCUGUGUUUGAACCGUUAGGUGGUCUGUGAAAUAAAAUGAGUGCAGUUGUGUAGAAAACUGCCAUGUGUGGUAUGAGUGCCAAAAACCGUCUUGACGGCAGCUAAAUGUUGAUGUUGGUCUUUGAAUACUUUUAAUAAAUUUAUUUUGAUAAAUUAAGUCUUUGAA